UGUGACAAAUCUUACAGUGAGAAAAAAGGAAGGCUUGUCUGGUUGGAGGUUGUUGACACCAGGAAGCUGGAAUUGGGCUAAUUAGAAACAGGGCAUUUCAUGCAUUUGAUUGGCUUGGGGAGCAUGUUUGUCUUUUUCGGAUUGAUCCUGAGUUGGAAGUGAGAAACUGUUUCUAUUCUCUUGGAAUCUAGACUUCUGGGUUAAUGGAGUUCAGGUGAGCCACCUAGGCCAUUUGCCCUUAGGUGUCCUUUUGAACCUUGAGGCUUUAAGGAACUGCCUUCCCUGAAGUCAACUUCAGGUUAAACAAUAGCCUAGUAAGCGCAUUAGCAGAGACCAUUUUCCUUUAGGCGUUGGGCACUUUUAGAGAAUGACCUUUGAGCAGCCAGGUUGGAGAAGCAGGAACUCCAUGGUCUGAUGGGAAAAUGUAUUGCAUGUCCUUAUCAGCUCUUUCUACAACUGACUGACCCUGGAACCUUGUAAGUGCUUUGAGGCUGUCUUACAAGAAAUUAACAUGACAGUGACAUUUAGGGGAGUGCCCUGCCAGACCCAGAUACUUAGGAUUGUUGAGAGCUGCCCACCUUGAGAAUCGACACAUGUGACCCUUGUUAAACAAGCAUUGUGGUAUUACAUCCAAAGGUGACCCAAUGACCUAUAUGACUUUCUUUCACUGUUCUGUCUUUGGAGUACCUUCUUGAUACUUUCGGGUUGAUGCUAUCUCAUUUGAAUUGUAUCUACUCACAAUAAAUACAAUUUGUUAUACAUAUUUCUGGUGUUUAUCUGCACAUUUAGGUUUUUAACAAAAGCUAGACAAAAUUGUUAAAAACCUAAAUGUGCAGAGAAAACACCAGAAAUAUGUGUAACAAAUUGUAUUUAUUGUGACUAAAGUGCUACAGCUGCUAGCCAAAAGGUCAGCAGUUCAAAUCCACCAGGCGCUCCGUGGAAACUUUAUGGGGCAGUUCUACUCUGUCCUAUAUGGUCGCUAUGAGUCAGACCCUACUCGACAGCAAUGGGUUAAUGGGGUAGACAAAAUUAUGGGAAGCUGGCAAUAUAUAGGCCAAAUUGUGAUUGCUCUGGGUCAAUUAUUGAGAAUGUCCAGAUUUCGCUUCCUAGGCUAUUUGCUGCAGAGGUUGUGUGUCAGAGUUCUAUGGUGGUAUAUGGUCUGGCCAUUGCCCAUUUGUACACUCAAUCUCUCACUAUUUAUAUAUUAGGGAUUAUCCUUGAUUUAUUCAAUCUUUGUUGAAUUAGAAUCUACUAUGGGUCAGGAUUCAGGAGCCCUGGUGGCACAGUGGUUAAGAGCUCAGUCUAUCAACCAAAAGGUCGGCAGUUUGAAUCUACCAGGUGCUCCUUGGAAACCAUAUGGAGUAGUUCUACUCUGCCCUACGGAUCGCUAUGAGUCAGAAUCCGUUCAUUGGCAAUGGGAUGGAUCAGGAUUAUACAAGGCAUUGGUUAUACAACGAUGGGAAUUAAAAAAAAAAAAAAUUGAAGACAUCAUUCAUGCCCUCAGAGAUUAUACAAUAUAGGGAAAUAUAGGGAAGGAGACAUAUAAUAACCAACAGGUGAAUAAAGAAAAAUGUUUGUAAAUUGUGAUAAGUGCUGUGAAGAGACUGACUAGGAUGCAGAGACAGAGAAUAAUGGAGAGAUCACAUAGAGUUAAACAGUGGAGACCUUGCUGAAAAGUCAGCAUUUAGCUUGAGUGAGUCUUGGCAGCACAGUGGUUAAGCAUUCAGCUGCUGACCAAGAGACUGGCGGUUUGAGUGCACCAGCUGCUCCUUGGAUAACCCUACGGGCAGUUCUACUCUGCCCUGUGUGUUUGCUAUGAGUCAGAAUCAACAGUUUGUUUGUUUUUUUUUUUCCUGGAGAAUAAUGCUUGUAGGAAGAAGAAUAUCCUGGGGAGAAGAAAUUGCAUGCGCAAAGGCCCUGUGGGACAGAGCUCACAGCACUGCACCAAAGCACCAGCCUGUGAGAGUGAAUGUCAACUAAAAUCCCGUUGUUCUGCAUUAGCUGAGCUGUUCUCUGGCAAAAGGCAGAGACAACCUGGAUAAUUAGCUACAUUUUCCUUUGCAAAAAACAUGAGCCUACUAACCAAUUUUUUACUAACCAAGCUGUAGGCACAUGAGGUACAUCAUUUCAGAGAUGACAGCUUUCCCUUUGAUCCACCAAUACACUGUAGAGACAACCAGGGGCUCUGCUGAGGGAGGCAAGAUUUAGUGGGUUACAGGGAGUUUGUGUGAUUGGAGGAUGGUGAAUCAGAGGAGAACAGAUUGGAUCAGACAAGACUGGAGAUGAAGCAGCUGAUAAAUUGGCUUGUGCAACAGAUAGAAGAAGAGAUGAAACAAGUAAUGAUUAAUAUGUUAGUGGAAGUUGUGUGGAUUGGACAGAGAUGAGAUGUUUAGUUGUGGAAUUUUGGAUGCACAGAAUGUGGUGGAGGGGAGAGUUAGAGAAAUUAUGGGUGAAGCCAAGGUUUAGAGUCAGCAACUAGCUUGAGGGUGGUGCCAUUUAAGGUGGAAACAAAUAGCUUUCAGGAAUAAGAAGUGGUACAUUAGCAAUUUGGAUUAAAAAAUAUAAACUUCUGCCGCUAAAAUAUUUGAAAACCUAUGAGUUAUGUUGGAUUAACUGUACUCAUGACUAAGUGCUAUAUGGAUGCCCCAAUAGAUUUUAGAAUGACUGUUCUAUUUAUUUUGGCAUUUUUUAAUUUUUUUUGUCAAUGUCCAGGUUAUUGUUGACAUUGUCAUCAUUACUCUGUCACUGCUCCAGAAAUCACAAAGCACUGCAAAGAGAUGGAGGAAGUGAAUGGCACAGAGAAGACUGAGUUCUUCCUCCUGGGAUUCAGUGACCACCCAGAACUUCAGAGGCUUCUUUUUGCUGUGUUCUUUUCCAUCUACUCGGUGACACUCAUGGGGAACCUUGGGAUGAUUUUAUUAAUCACAAGCAGUUCCCACCUGCACACCCCUAUGUACUUUUUCCUCUGCAUAUUGUCCUUCAUAGAUGCAUGCUACUCUUCUGUCAUUGCUCCCAAAUUACUGGUGGACUUGGUUUCUGAUAAGAAGACAAUUUCUUACAAUGGCUGUGCUACACAGCUCUAUUUUUUCUGUUCGUUGGUUGAUACAGAAUCUUUCCUCUUGGCUGCCAUGGCUUAUGACCGGUACAUAGCAAUCUGCAACCCACUGCUUUAUACUGUUAUCAUGUCCAGGAGAAUUUGUGGCCAGUUUGCAAUGGGAGCUUUUUUGGGGGGCACCAUGAGCUCCAUUAUUGAUACCACUAACACCUUCCACCUCUCUUUCUGCUCCAGAGAAAUUAACCAUUUCUUUUGUGAUAUCUCCCCAUUAUUUUCACUGUCCUACACUGACACAUAUAUGCAUGACAUUGUUCUAGUGGUCUUUGCUAGUUUGGUUGAAGCUAUCUGUCUUUUAACAGUUCUUCUCUCAUAUGUCUUCAUCAUAGCAGCCAUUCUUAAGACAGGUUCUGCAGAGGGAAGAAAGAAAGGUUUCCUCACUUGUGCCUCCCACCUGAUCAUUGUCACUAUCUACCAUGGUACCUUGAUCUUCAUUUAUUUGCGCCCCAGCACAGAUCAUUCACUGAAUGUCGACAAAGUGGCCUCUGUGUUCUAUACAUUGAUAAUACCUAUGUUGAAUCCCCUGAUUUAUAGUCUAAGGAACAAAGAUGUCAAAAACGCCUUUAGAAAACUUAUCAGUUGAAAAUUGUUUUCUUAAGAAAGGAUGAAAUAAGACUUGAAAAUGUUUCAACAGUGCCUGUUUCUUGGACUAUGGUUAGAAUGUUGGAGAUAUUAAGUUCAAUAUGGAUGUUCUCCAAAUUUGCUGGUUAUUAGAUCUCAGCCAGAGAAUAGGUCAGGUACUAACAUCAGAACUGGCCCUCUCAUAUCACUUGUAAUUAUGUCUAUCUCUGCCAUUUUAAAGUGCAAUUUGUAAUAUUAUUUCUGGAACAGGUUUACCCUUCAUUUUAUCUCUUAUAUUUCAUGUCCUUACUCCUUUCCUUUCCCAUCCUAACCUUCCACCAUGAUUACUCUCAAUAUUGGAUAAGCCAUUGGCAUACUAAAAUUCCUGGUUUCAUGAAUAUAAAAAAAAAAAUAGAAUUCAUUUAGCCUCUAUUUCAAUUAAGUUUUAUCUUGUGUAUAUAUGUGUG